CACCACAACCUUCAACGCAAUCCGCGACAGCCACAGAUGUGCGCUUGCCGAAAUCUGUCCAUUCAUCUGCCAGUGGGGAUUACCUCGUUCCCAGAAAUAAAGAUCCUGGCGAGAUUAAAACAUGUUUCCACAUCGAUGGAGUUACUAUAAAUAGCUAGGCGUCGCAGAAUGAUGAGGAUUUAGCAGCCAGCGCAUCAGGAAUACAGCUGAGGCGGCCACUAGAUUACCAUAAAAUCACAUCUGAUCGAUUUGACACACCUCGUUUUUAAGUUUCUUUAAACCGUAAGAAAGGUUUAUACUCUGGACUACAUUUGGCUGAAGCUGACAGGAGUAUCUCUCCGCCCACUGCUCAUGAGAUGCGAGUAGAUCUGCUGCUACCAAAAGAGCAUUUUGUUCUAACAAACCCAGCCCUUUUAUGACAGGAUGUUUGGCUUUGUCACACACCGAGCAGGACAAAGUGCAGACAAUCUCAAAACAGCCACACUGUGAUGAAUAGAUCAUAAUUGUCACUUCACCGGGAGCGAUUUUCCAACUCAUCCAAAAUGGGAUUUCUUCACCAGCUACACCUUCUCCUGUGGAAGAACGUGACUUUAAAGCGAAGAGGACCGUGGGUGCUUGCGUUCGAGAUCUUCAUCCCCCUGGUCCUCUUCUUCAUUCUUCUGGGCUUGCGGCAGAAGAAGCCGGCCAUACCUGUGAAAGAAGCCUUCUACAGCGCGGCCCCUCUCACCUCGGCGGGCAUCAUUCCCAUCAUGCAGUCGCUGUGUCCGGAUGGUCAGAGGGAUGAGUUUGGCUUCCUGCAAUAUAAAAACUCCACUGUGACUCAGUUGUUGGAGAGGAUUAGUGAGGUUGUGGAGCAGAAUCACUUGUUUACAUCAGACAGGCCGAGUCUGGGGGAAGAGCUGGAGUCACUGCAGCAGCACCUGGAGAGUCUCAGCUCGGCACACGGCCCUUUUGAGAGUCACUACAACACCAGCCAUGGUUUCACUGUAGGAAGCAUCCUCAGGAACCAGUCGACGUUCCAGCAGUUUCUGACCCAAAACCUUUCCUUGCCGAACGACACCGCCAGCCUGCUGCUCUCCUCAACCAUCAAUCUGAAAGAGGUGUAUAAUCUCAUUUUUGGAACGUAUCCUAAAGUUGGAACAAGGAGAGAAAGAAGAGAUGAAGGACAGCACGGUCCUGGAGAAAAGCUUGUACAGAUGGAGAAGCAGUUACUUGGAGGCUGGCGCAGUCUGGAGGGGGGUCUUAUUCAGAAGGCGUUGAGAGACCCCACUAACGCAGCUCACCGCCAGGGUCUACUCAAAGUUAUGUCUCAGGCGCUGGGAAUCGCGGGGGGUGAAAUGGGUCAAAAAUUUGAUCCUCAAGCCCUGCGUGAGAUGGAGGGAAUUCUGUUGACUGGUGCAGUGCUAGAAACGCUCACUUGUGAAGAGGGAGGAAACAGCGAGUUGAGCAAAAUCCUGUUGGUUCCUGAAAAACAACAGGCAGCUUUGCAGGCCUACCGAAUGAGCGUCUGUGGUGGCGAGGCGGGGCACAGGGCGAAGAUUUUUGGGGAGAUGAGCGAAGAGCUGGGAGAGCAGAUUGAUACACAGAGGGUAUUUGAAAAGUUACGUCUUGAGCAGUCUAACGCAUCUGGUCUGUUGGAUCAGUCUCAUCUCGGGGCUCUGCUGAAGAAUCUGGCUGAUGUGGAAAGGCUGCUGAGGGAUGUGGAUCUGUUGUCAGGCCUGGCCAGACUGCUCCCUAAAGGGGCUUGUGCAGGUCACCAGCCCCCUCCCGCAGCCAACACCACCUCCUGGAGCUCCAACACGACAACAUGGGGUCCCAACUCAACAGACAGCCCAGGGGAAGAAGGAGAGGGAUCUGCAGGAAAUGAAGCUGAAGCUGAAAAUCCUAGAUCGCAGUUUUCUGCUUUUGUUCAGCUGUGGGCAGGUCUUCAACCCAUUCUGUGUGGAAAUAACAGGAUUAUUGAGCCAGAAGCUCUGAAACAGGGAAAUAUGAGUUCCCUGGGCUUCACCAGCAAAGAACAACGAAACCUGGGUUUACUGGUUCAUCUCAUGACUACAAAUCCCAAAAUCCUCUACUCUCCCAUUGGUUCAGAGGUGGAUAAGGUCAUACAAAAGGCCAAUGAAACGUUUGCGUUUGUGGGGAACGUGACUCACUAUGCUCGUGUGUGGCUCAACAUCUCGGCUGAACUGAGAACUUUUUUAGAGGAGGGUAAACUGCACAAUCACCUGGUGUGGCUCCAACAGUUCAUCGGUGACCUAAAGAAGCAUCAUGAAAUGUUAAACGGCUCAGACAGUGAGCUGUUGAACACUCUGAUGGAGGAGAACUUCACCCUGCCGAACACAACCACCCUCCUGGAGCAGCUCCACACCAUCGAUAAUGCUGCCUGCGGAUGGACACACUUCAUGUCAAAGGUUAGUGUGGAUAUUUUCAGAGGCUUCCUUGAUGAAGAAAGCAUUGUCAACUAUACACUCAACCAGGCCUAUCAAGACAACGUCUCGGUCUUUGCCAGUGUGAUUUUCCAGACUAAUAAAGAUGGCAGUCUGCCACCCCACGUUUUGUAUAAGAUCCGACAGAACUCCAGUUUUACAGAGAAAACCAAUGAAAUCCGCCGGGCUUAUUGGCGCCCUGGGCCGAACACGGGUGGAAAAUUCUACUUCCUGUAUGGCUUUGUGUGGAUCCAAGAUAUGAUUGAACGGGCAAUCAUCAACACAUUUGUGGGUCAUGACGUGGUGGAUCCUGGAAACUACGUGCAGAUGUUUCCCUAUCCAUGUUACACCAGAGACGAUUUCCUGUUUGUGAUUGAGCACAUGAUGCCUCUGUGUAUGGUCAUAUCGUGGGUGUACUCGGUGGCCAUGAUGAUCCAGCACAUCGUAGCAGAGAAGGAGCAAAGGUUAAAAGAGGUGAUGAAGAUGAUGGGCUUGAAUAACGCAGUGCACUGGGUGGCCUGGUUUAUCACCGGCUUCGUGCAGCUUUCGAUCUCAGUGACCGCUCUCACUGCCAUACUGAAAUACGGCAAAGUCCUCCUUCACAGCGAUCCUUUUAUCAUCUGGCUCUUUCUUACAAUCUACGCCAUCGCCACCAUCAUGUUCUGUUUCCUGGUGUCAGUGUUGUACUCUAAAGCAAAACUGGCGUCAGCAUGUGGAGGAAUCAUCUACUUUCUGAGUUACGUGCCGUACAUGUAUGUGGCCAUCAGAGAAGAGGUGGCUCAUGACAAGAUUACUGCCUUCGAGAAGUGCAUAGCGUCUUUAAUGUCUACCACAGCGUUUGGUCUGGGCUCUAAGUACUUUGCCCUGUAUGAAGUGGCUGGGGUGGGGAUCCAGUGGCGCACUAUCAACCAGUCACCUGUAGAGGGCGAUGAUUUUAACCUCCUCCUGUCUGUGGUCAUGCUUAUCAUUGAUGCCAUUGUGUACGGUGUGCUCACCUGGUACAUUGAGGCUGUGCAUCCAGGGAUGUACGGGCUGCCCCGCCCAUGGUACUUUCCUUUGCAGAAAUCCUAUUGGUUGGGUAGUGGACGUAUUGAGACAUGGGAGUUGCCGUGGGGCAGCAGCACCAGGCUGAGUGUGAUGGAAGAGGACCAGGCUUGUGCUAUGGAACACAGACGCUCAGAGGAAACUCGUGGAAUUGAAGAAGAGCCCAGUCACUUACCGCUUGUGGUGUGCAUAGACAAACUAACCAAAGUCUACAAGACUGGGAGCAAACUGGCCCUAAACAAGUUAAGCUUAAACCUGCAUGAGAACCAGGUCGUCUCCUUCCUGGGACACAAUGGGGCUGGCAAGACCACCACUAUGUCCAUUCUCACUGGACUGUUUCCGCCCACCUCCGGCUCCGCUACUAUAUACGGCCAUGACAUUCGCACAGAGAUGGAGCGCAUCCGACAAAAUUUAGGCAUGUGUCCUCAGCACAACGUUCUGUUUGACAAGCUGAGCGUGGAGGAACAUUUGUGGUUCUACUCGCGUCUUAAGGGCAUGGCUGAAGAAGACAUCCGCAAGGAGAUGGACAAGAUGAUAGAAGAUCUAGAGCUGUCCAACAAGCGUCACAGUCUGGUACAGACUCUGUCUGGGGGGAUGAAGAGGAAGCUGUCGGUGGCGAUCGCGUUUGUGGGUGGGUCUCGGGCGGUGAUUUUGGAUGAACCCACAGCGGGGGUCGACCCCUAUGCACGGCGGGCGAUCUGGGAUCUCAUUCUAAAAUAUAAACAAGGCCGUACCAUUCUGCUCUCGACUCACCAUAUGGAUGAGGCUGAUCUGUUGGGAGACCGUAUCGCCAUCAUCUCUCACGGCAAGCUGAAGUGCUGCGGUUCACCGCUGUUUCUCAAGAGCACAUAUGGAGAUGGCUACAAGCUCACUCUUGUCAAGUCGCAGAGUGACGCUGCAGAUCAGUCAAGCCAGUCUCCGUCCGCUUUGAUAUCUCCGUGUUCAGAGAGCAGAGUUACACAGUUCAUCCGUCAGUACGUGGCCUCCUGCCUGCUGGUGUCCGACUCCAACACUGAGCUCUCUUAUGUCCUGCCGUCAGAGGCGGUGAAGAAAGGCUGUUUCGAGAGGCUCUUUCAGGCUCUGGAACAGAGUUUGGACCGCCUGGCUUUGACCAGCUUCGGUGUGAUGGACACUACACUGGAGGAGGUCUUUCUGAAGGUUUCAGAGGAGGAUCUGUCACUGGAGAACAGCGAUGCAGAUAUAAAAAGCUCUCCUGGUGGAGCAUCAGCGGGAAAGCCCACCAAUCCGCUUGGAGGGCCACAGUGCGAGGGAGCCCCAGCAGGGGCCGUGACCCGGCCGGAGGUGGAGCUCAGUAACCUCAUGAUGUGUUCCAGACUGAGCCCAAGCCAGGCGUCACUGCAGUCCGGCUCAUCUCUGGGCUCAGUGAGAGGGGAUGAAGGGGGUCUCUAUGCUGACUUCUAUGGAGACUACUGUCCACUGUUUGAUAAUGGCCACGAUCCUGACUCGGCCAGUCUUAGAGAUGAAGAGCGCUCUGCUGAGCGGGCCGUACAGGAGGGUCAGGGCAGCUUUAAGCUCGAGGGCUGGUGGCUCAAACUUCGUCAGUUUCAUGGGCUGAUAGUGAAAAGGUUUCACUGCGCCAAGAGAAACACCAAGGGCAUUUUAUCUCAGAUCCUGUUGCCCGCUUUCUUCGUCUGUGUGGCCAUGACCGUAGCCCUGUCUGUGCCAGAGAUUGGUGAUCUUCCCCCCCUCAUUCUGUCUCCAUCUCAAUAUCACAACUACACACAACCUCGUGGAAACUUCAUCCCUUAUGCCAAUGAAGACAGACUUCAGUUCAGGAGUAAAAUGUCUCCAGACGCCACCCCACAGAGGAUAGUAAACACCCUUCGCCUGCCCUCCGGAGUGGGUGGGACUUGUGUGCUAAAAACUCCCUUUAACAGCACUCUGGACCAGCUGGCCCAAACGCUGAACCCGUACGCCAACAACUCCAAAACUCUGGCAGCCCGCUACUUUGACUCCAUGUGCCUAGAUUCCUUCACUCAGGGUGUGCCUUUGUCAAAUUUCGUGCCCCCGCCUCCCUCACCUGCCCCCUCAGAUGACCCAGAGGCACAUUUUGAAGACGGCCUGUGGAACUAUACCGCUGCUCCGCCCACUACCGUCAGAGAGAUGGCAACCUCACCCCCCACAUUGCCGCUGACCAUCCGGGAGCCCGUCCGAUGCAUCUGCUCCAUGCAGGGCACAGGCUUUUCCUGUCCCAGUGGAGUCGGGGGCCGUCCACCUCUUAUGAAGGUAGUAACCGGAGACAUCCUGGUGGACAUCACUGGUCGCAAUGUGUCGGAAUAUCUCCUUUACACCUCUGAUCGACUCAGAUUACACAGAUAUGGAGGCUUCACUGUUGGAAACAUCCAGAAAUCUGUUCCAGCAUCCUUUGGCAGAAAAACUCCACCUAUGGUGCGCAAAAUAGCAGUGAGGCGAUCCUCACAGGUGCUGUACAAUAACAAAGGAUAUCACAGCAUGCCCACUUACCUGAAUGUCCUCAACAAUGCCAUUCUCAGAGCCAAUCUGCCCAAAAGUAAAGGAAACCCCUCUGCAUACGGCAUCACGGUGACCAAUCAUCCCAUGAACAGGACCAGUGCCAGUCUUUCUUUGGACUAUUUGCUCCAGGGCACUGAUGUGGUUAUUGCCAUCUUUAUCAUCGUAGCCAUGUCCUUUGUGCCAGCCAGCUUCGUGGUCUUUCUUGUAGCAGAAAAAUCCACCAAGGCCAAGCACCUGCAGUUUGUCAGCGGUUGUGACCCUGUCACCUACUGGCUAGCAAACUACAUAUGGGACAUGCUUAACUACCUGGUUCCAGCCACAUGCUGUGUCCUAAUUCUGUUUGUGUUCGACCUUCCUGCAUACACGUCACCUACAAAUUUCCCGGCAGUGCUCUCUCUGUUCCUCCUUUAUGGCUGGUCUAUAACCCCCAUCAUGUAUCCAGCUUCUUUCUGGUUUGAGGUGCCCAGCACAGCCUAUGUGUUUCUCAUAGUCAUCAAUCUCUUCAUUGGCAUCACAGCCACAGUGGCCACUUUUCUGCUGCAGCUCUUUGAGCGAGACAAGGAUCUGAAGUUGGUUAACAGUUACCUGAAGUCCUGCUUUCUCAUCUUCCCCAACUAUAACCUGGGUCAUGGUUUGAUGGAGAUGGCGUAUAAUGAGUACAUCAACGAAUAUUACGCCAAAAUAGGCCAGUUUGAUAAAGUGAAGUCGCCAUUUGAAUGGGACAUUGUGACACGGGGAUUGGUUGCAAUGACCAUUGAGGGAUUCGUUGGCUUUCUUAUCACAAUUCUGUGCCAGUACAACUUCCUCAGGAAAGCCCAGAGAGUGCCUGUCAACAGCCAGCCGGUCGAGGACGAUGAUGUGGACGUGGCCUGUGAGAGCCGCAGAGUGCUGAGAGGAGAUGCUGACAACGACAUGCUGAAGAUUGAAAACCUCACCAAGGUCUACAAGUCUCGCAAGAUGGGCCGGAUCCAGGCGGUGGACCGUCUGUGUCUGGGGGUUCGUCCUGGGGAAUGCUUUGGGCUGCUGGGGGUGAACGGAGCAGGAAAGACCACCACCUUCAAAAUGCUGACAGGAGAUGAGAGCACGACGGGUGGAGAGGCCUUUAUUCAAGGAAACAGCAUCCUGCGGGAGCUCUUGCGAGUGCAGCAGAGCAUCGGUUACUGCCCUCAGUUCGACGCCCUGUUUGAUGAUCUGACUGCUCGAGAGCAUCUGGAGCUGUACACUCGCCUCCGCGGAAUCCCCUGGAAGGAUGAGGAACGGGUGGUUCAGUGGGCUCUGGAGAAACUGGAGCUGUCCAAGUAUGCCGACAAACCUGCCGGCACAUAUAGUGGAGGAAACAAACGCAAACUCUCCACAGCAAUCGCUCUGAUUGGAUACCCCUUGCUUAUCUUUCUGGAUGAGCCCACCACAGGAAUGGACCCAAAGGCUCGCCGUUUCUUAUGGAACCUGAUUCUUGACAUCAUCAAGACAGGACGCUCGGUGGUGUUGACGUCACACAGUAUGGAGGAGUGUGAAGCUCUGUGCACUAGACUGGGCAUCAUGGUUAACGGCAGGUUCAAGUGUAUGGGGAGCAUCCAGCAUCUCAAAAACAGGUUUGGGGAUGGAUACAUGAUCACGGUUCGCACCAAGACCACUGCCAGUGUCAAAGAAGUGAUCCGUUUUUUCAACAGAAAUUUUCCAGAGGCUAUACUGAAGGAGCGGCACCACACAAAGAUUCAGUACCAGCUGAAGUCCGAGAACAUCUCUCUGGCUCAGGUCUUCAGCAAAAUGGAGCAGGUGGUGGAGGUGCUGAGCAUCGAGGAUUAUUCAGUCAGCCAGACAACCUUGGACAAUGUUUUUGUCAACUUUGCAAAAAAGCAAAGUGACAACAUAGAACCUCAAGUAAGUUCUCCCUCUAGUGGUGGUCAGUCUCCACUGCAGCGACUGCUCAACAUCCUCAGGCCUCGUCCGGCUAACACAGAACUCAGUGCACUGGUCAGCGAAGAGCCGGAGGAACUGGAGAGUGAUGAUGAUGAAGGACUGAUCAGCUUUGAGGAGGAGAGGGUGCAGUUAUCCUUUAAUACAGACACUUUAUGCUAAGCUGUUAAUCUCACAGGUAGAGAUGUAAAAAUCAAAACAAGCCUCAAGUUCAGACAUGUGUCUGUCUGGUCAAAGACAUUUGUGCGCUUUUUCUCUUUGGAGAGGAUCCGUCUCUCUGGCUCUGCGAGUGGGUUGUACUUAUUUCCAUUUGCACAUCAACACCAGAGCGAGAGAACAGCUCCUCCGGGAACUCUAAACGGAGAUACAGUCAGUGCCUGAACAGGAUCAGGCCAGCGAGAGCGGGACUCCGAGGUACUAAACGUGAUAGACAGCUUCGUCCACGAGCUGCAUUUUGGAGAUGAUGGUUUAUGGAAUCGUGUCCUUUAGAUUCAAGCCUGCUGGAUGGGAAUGAAAGAGAAUGUAUUUGUUGCGCGUUUA